AUGUGGUUUUUCCUUUUACGAGUGGAUGUUGCUGACUGCUUUAAUAACAUUGACCAUACCCUUCUGCUGGAGGCGAUGGACUUUUCGACCAUGCCCUUCUGUCCAGAGUUGCUCAUCUCCGAACUCUCCAGCUUUCUAAGCUGUUAUAUCAUAAAGUUGGGAGGGCAAUAUUUUAUGCAAACGAAGGGGAUACCACAGGGUGCGUGUGUGUCAGUCGACUUGGCGAACCUGUAUCUCGCACGUUCGGAUCAAAGCGGCCCGGCUAAAGCAUAUUUCUGGCGCUCCAAAAGGAAAGCUGCGACCCAUGCUGGGAGGCUAGAUGCUACCAUUCUGCGUUUUCAUGACGACUAUUUGUGUAUUGCAACCUCGAAGGAGCGUCUUCUAUUAGUGCGCAACGCCUUAUUUGACGGCCUCCACAAGUUUGGCCUUCGAUCUAAUGCCUCCAAGGAGACCAGCAACAUAGAAGAAAGUGAUGAUCCCAUUGCUGUCGACUGGCUUGGUUUGGAGAUAACGCCGAAUUUGGAUUUUCUUCUUCCAACCGUGAUUUGUGGCCCCCGCACCUUCGACCGCUUCUCAGGAUAUCCCCUGUCUUGGCGGGAUUGUUUGUGGCGCCUAUCCAGGUACCUUCGAUCAUACGACUACUUCCCCCUUGUUAUAAAUCAGUUGGGAGCAGCAGUGAAUUGCUCGGUGGCGGAGGUGAAUGCCAGGCGUCUAGGACAGCACACGGCCCGACUUGUGAUCUUCUAUGUUUGGCCAUGUCCAGAGCGCCACGCAUGCUUGGCUUCAGUUAGACGGGUUCGCCGACUUGCAGUGCGUAGCUAUCCGAUUCGUCUUUCAGAGAUCCUUCUUUACCGUUUGGCGGCAUUAUUUGAUCGUCAUUCACUUGUUUUAUUGUCUCGGGACUCCCUUGUUCAAUGUCUGCAUCAGAGACGCUCGGAAUUUCGUUUACUCCUUCGAUUUCUAUGUGACCCCAGUCUAAUUCUUCGAUCAGGUAAACUCCCUCCCUCAAAAACGAAUUUGCUCCAGAAAUUCAUGGAUGCCCCCGGAAAUAAUUGA